GACCGUUGUGUCAGUAGUGAAACGGACGUCGUCGGUCUAGUUAGUGUUUAAUCGAGUAUUCGUGAAGUGUAAAGGGCGCGCGCGUUCGCGAGGCGCUUCGAGCGAGCUUUUUCUAAGUUUUAGUUAACAACGCAAGGUAGUCGUCGUCAACGAUGACGACUGCGCCUAGAACGUGAUAAUAUCCCAAAUUAAUAGAUAGAUAGCUAACUAGAUAAACAGAUAAAUUGAUAGAACAAUAAGCUACGGUAUAAGGAUUAAACGAAGACAACGGAGUUAAAGAAGUUGAAGAAGCCGAAGUCUAGAAGAAGAAGAAGAAGAAGAAGAAGAAGAAAUUAGUAGUAGGAGAAGAAGAAGGAGGUGGUGAAUGUGUGGUAGUGGUGCAGUGCUGAGAUAGGCCUGUGUCGGCGAAUGUUUCUUUCGAAUGAUCGUUGCUAUGUAGUACCGGCGUAAAUGAAGCGGCGGCGUAUAGCACGCUCGCGUGCUAAGAAGGGGCUACCGCCAACGGUGCCGAUUACGAGAAUGGCGCGCAAAUGUUGCGUGCCCAACUGCGAAAUUGACGUACAGGAGGCACGUAACAAGGGUCUACCUCUUCAUAAAUUUCCUAAGGACGCUGUACUUAGAGGCAGGUGGUUGACGGGUGCUCCUUUCGGUUCUAACUUCAAGCCGACGCCCGGUCAAAUCGUUUGCCAUAGACAUUUUAAACGUGCCGACUAUGAAGCCGCCAAUAAAACUAACAAGCUAACGUUGAAGAAAGGCAGCAUACCAUCGGUAUUUACCGACUAUGAUAACCACCCAGAUCCAGUAAUCAUGUCUGUUAAAACCUCCACUUCUUAUGCCCAAGAAGAUUUGGAUUUAAUAAAUGCUGAGAUUUUAAAUAUGAGACAUUCUCCUGUAUUAUCAGAAGAUAAGACUUCUAAGUUUGACAGUAACAAUGAGACAAGUUGUUCUAAACCAGAAUCGUCAGCAGAUUCAGUUAAUUCAUUGGAGACUUCUAAUUUAACGAAUCAGGAGUGCAAGUCGUUAUCUACGGAAAAUGAUUCGAGUAUUAAAAAAGAAGAAUCUUCUAAUGAUCCAGAUGCUAAAGUAAAUAAUAUGGCAGUUCAGUUGGGUAUCGUUGAACCUGAAACAAAGAUGCAAAAUGUUUCCAAAGAUUUGAUUCUUCCAACAGAAUUAAAUGGUUUUAAGGAAGUAGAUGAGAAGGAACUUAACAAAAAUUCCAACAAUUCCAAAGCUAAAGUGUUAACUUGUGGAGGUUUAAAAUUCUUCCAAGGUGCCAAAUUGGAAGCAAAAGAUUUCAAUGAAACGUGGUAUUCUGCUAAAGUGGUGGAAACAGAUUGGGAAGAUAGAGAAGUUUUGAUACAUUUUGAUAAUUGGAGUACGAGAUUCGAUGAAUGGAUACCAAUGGAUAGUUCGAGACUAAGAGUAUUGCAAACAGUACCUAACGAGCAAACUUGGGUGCUGCCAUCUCCGGAAACCUCGAGCAUGAAAGAGUUCGCAGUUGGAGAAAGGAUCCUUGCUACGUGGGUGGAUGGUAGAAAAUAUCCUGCUAAAGUAAACGCCGUCUUAGGGAAUGAUAAAUACGACGUGCUAUUUGAUGAUGGAUACGCAAAGAUUAUCAGGUCCUCGAAGAUGACUAAAUGCACUACCCCGCCCAAAACGCAGCAACCAGUUCGAGGAGACAGUUAUAUAGGAAGUAAACAAGAGAGAAGAGACAAGAAAAGAAAACAUACGGUCAUGGAGCUGUUCAAUACGCAUUCUAGAAAACGUUCUAAACACGACAAUGAUAAAACAACUAAGAAAGAAGAAUCUGUUUCCCGUAGCAAUGUAGAUAGUUUCCCUGAAUCAAAGUUUGAUUUGGAUGGCACUUUAUUUGGACCUUGUUACGAUCCUGGUACAGAUUUAUUAAAAGGGUUUAACACAACUGUGCCUAAACCCAAACCUAUACCAAAGAAAAACAAAAAAGAAAUGCAUAAAUCUGAUACAGAGCAAGAAGAGCAAGUUGGUCCAGCAUGGGUUGAUGGCGAACCACAAGGGAUUGAAUCUUACAUCGUAGAUGGAAAUGAUGGACCACGUCGUUCUAUUAUUGUACAUGAUAAAAGAUUACCACCAGGAUGGCAGAAACAUUUUACUCAAAGAAAAGCUGGCAAUUCUGCUGGAAAAUGGGAUGUUUUAUUUAUACACAAGCCAACUGGAAAAAAAUUUCGAUCGAGAAAUGACAUAAGGACAUUUAUGGAAAGCAAAGGUCAAUUCGACUUUGAUCCAGAGAAAUUUGAUUUUUGUAUUCACCGUAAGAAAAGGAAUCAUGCGCCGAAGAUAAAGCAAGAACAACAUACUACACCGGAAGUUCCAAAGAAGAUUAAAACGUUAUUGCCCAAAGUAAAAACACCAGUUUCUAAUGAAAAUACAUCACUUGCGUCACCUAAUACUCCAGUUAACGUACCAGUUACAUCUCCAGGAAUUACUGGAACUCCACUUAAUAAUGGAGGAGCAAUUUAUUCAGCUGUAUUCAUUGGUGGUCUUCGAGUAGAAAUGGAAGACAGCGCCUAUAAGUGUCCUAAACAAGGAUGUAAUAAGACUUUCAGGAAAGAAAAUCUUUUACAAAUGCAUAUAAAGCAUUAUCAUCCUGAGUAUUCGAAAUUUUUGGGUUCCACGCCAAAUGUUGCAGAUCUGGCAUAUGCAAGAACAAUCGGAGAGUCCAUAGAAGACAUUAUACCAAAAAAAUCGACACCUUUAUCAGACAAAGUUCAUAAAUUUGGAAAAAAGAAAGCUUCUCAAGAAAGAUCACCAGCGACUCUGACGCAAUCGGGAUUAAAUUUUGUACAACCUUCUUCUCCAUUUGUAUUUGAGGAACAAGAAGAUGAAGUUAAUCAUGUAGAGAAAUUUAAUGAUUUACAUAAAGAAGAUAAUAAAUUAGAAGCAAUGUCACCUAUCUCAAAUCGUAGCAUAGAAAUGGAUGAGGAUAUUGAGAAAAGAAAAGAAAAUUCGUGUGCCAUGUCACCGGAUACAUUGUUUGGUAUACAAAUUAGAGAAGAGAGAUCGGAGAAAGUUGGAAUUAAAACAUUAUUACCUGUAGUACGACCACCUGUGACAUCAGAAGUACAAAGGGUCGAUAGAUCCAAGUCUUUAGAUGAUUCUCUGCAUACCGAAAAGGGUAAAGGUCAAAGAAAACGUCAGUUAUCUGAAUAUAGUUCAGAUGUUCCAUCUAAAGGAAAAAAACGACAUGAUAUGGCUGAUAUUUUAGAUGAUUAUGGUGACCUUGAUGACAGUGCAGUCGAUGCAGAAGGUCCUACUGUUCCUAUAUAUAGAUACAGUCGUAGGAAAUCUGAUUGUAAAAGUGACGAAAAUAGUCAAAAUAGUCAACUUAAUGAUUCUCGCCUUGAGAAAGGCGACCCCUUAAAAGGGGAUUCUACAAAAAGAGAUAUUAGUAAUGAUGCGGAAGAAAGUGAAGGAGUUAUGAUGAUGAUUAAUGGAGAAAUGGUCAAAGUAGAACAACUUAGGCGAGAAGAAAUAAUAAAUUGCACAUGUGGAUAUAUGGAAGAGGAUGGUUUAAUGAUACAAUGUGAUCUUUGCUUAUGUUGGCAACAUGGUCAUUGUAAUGCCAUAGAAAAGGAAAAGGAUGUUCCUGAAAAAUAUGUUUGUUACAUAUGUCGUCAUCCGUAUCGAGAAAGGCCAUCGAAAAAAUAUUAUCAUGAUCAAGAUUGGAUAAAAGAAGGCAAAUUACCCAGUUUACCAAGCAGAACGAAAGAUCAAAAUGCAAUAAAUACAAGAACUGCAAUAUUAAAGCGUUCGUACGAUUUAGUAUCUGCUUUAUUGCAAAUGCAACAAAUACUUCAUAGUCUAAGGGUGAAAAUAAACGUGGCACAGAAGAAAGAUCAUCCGAAAUUAUAUCUUUGGGCCAAAAAUUGGGAAAAAUUGGAUGUACCCAAACCGGACACAGAACCUAUUCCUGUAAUGGAAAUAAUAAAAACACCUGUAGAUUUUAUCGAUACAAGUUCAGAAACUUCUAGACGUACUGAUAUUAAAACAGAAACUAAAACAUCCGUUAAGGAUGAUCACGAUGACAAAUCAAUAGCCUCGGAUUCGGAAUUAAUGAAAAUUUUAGAAGAAGAUAGCUCUAAUUCCAACGAGUCUAAAGUAAUGUGUAAAAAAGAAGAUUUAGCUAAUUCAAAAGGUGGCCAUAUAUUAUUAGACGCGUUAACAAGGAAUGGUAGUCCAAAUGAGAAACAAAAAUUGAAGCUCGAAAAUUUAACAGAAAAUAUAAAUACAUAUGGAUCGGAAGAUAGCAAAUCGGCGUCAGGAUUAUUCGCGGAUAACAUUCAUGGUGAAACAGAUGUACCUGAAAUUGGACAGGAAUUAUUAACUCCUUUACAACCAUUUAUACCAGAACCAGAAGCACCUAUAGAUUCUUCUGAAUGUCGAAUGAGAUUAUUGGAGCACAUUGAACAUUUUCAAAAUCAUAUAGAAUCAAGAUUAAUGUCAUUAGAAGCUCAAGUUUCUGCUUUGGAAGCUAUGGAUUCUGACGAGAUCAUACCUAGUCCUGAUGUGCAACCACGAACGAAGCAAACAGUACAAAUGUUGCUUAGAGAUUUGAAUACAGUUCGUAAAUUAGCUGCCUUAUGUUAAAACAUUUGGUUCUACAAAUAGGAUCUUGUAAUAAAGAUGAUUUAAGCAUUGGAAAAUAAUAUUGCACAAUGAAGUUACUUAAACGAAUGUUACAUUCAUAAUGUUUCUAAAUGUCAGUGUGCAAUACGUGAUGUAAAGUAUCUUUAAGACACAAUUUCGUAAAUUCCUACGUAAACUAAUUUAGCCCUUUUUGUGUAUAGUCAUAUUAAAUAGAAAAGAUAAAUAACAAAAUAUUUUUAAACAUCUGGUGUGUUCUUAACACCAUGAACAGAUUAAAAAUAAUUAAGAAAAACUAUAAAUAAUUAUUACAAAAUUAAUAUGGUAAAAUAUACGUUCCACAAACAACAAAAUCAUUAUCCUUUGACUUUGUUGCCUGGUUCGACAUCGAUGUCUGGAUAGAACAUUUGUAUUUUCCCGCUAUAGUUCAACAAUGUAAUAAAGAAAUGAUUUCACAGAUGUCGCUAGAA